AUGCAAACCAGUAAUCCAACAUACUUAUUUCAGACGGAAGAUGCUGUUCGAAAUGAAGAGCGAAAACUUGAGAAGUCCAAAAAUAAACAUGGAAAUCCAAAGGAUUUAAAAUCCAAGGUCUUAAACAUCGAACUCGAUCGUACCACACCGAAGAGAUACCAACUGCCCAGAGUAUUCACAUGCGAGGCCUCUCAUGUGUGUCGCCUGUACGAUAUGAAUGAUGGGAAAACAUGCAAAGUCUACAAAGGCCACGGGGGACCGGUGACCUGCUGCCAGGUAGAGAGUCUUAUGGGCGACGACCAGGAUCGCUUUCUAUAUACGGGUUCAUGGGACAGUACGAUUAAAAGGUGGAACGUUCGUACUGGGGAAUGUGUGGAGACUCUGUUAGGCCAUGCUGAUUAUGUAAAAUCAUUGUUGCUGUUCGAGGAAGAGGGUUUGCUCAUCUCGGGUUCCGUGGAUGCGACACUUGCGAUAUGGGACAUACGUUCCCAACCAAAUCGUCUGCUAUAUAAGUUGUCAGGGCAUUCAAGGGGGAUUGAGAAGAUUACUCGGCAGCCGGGAAGCAAUAUAUUUUGGACAUGUGGAAGCGAAAGUAGCAUUCGCAGAUGGGAAAUACGACGAGAAGGGGGUCAGUCUCUUGACGAUGAAGGGUUUUGGGGGCAUCAAUCGAAUGUUUACAGCUUAAUGUUUGAACCAGAGGAUCCUGAAUCUCUGUGGACUGCGUCUGCAGAUAAGACUGUCCGACAAUGGUCCGUUUAUGAAGGAUUGCACGAAGAAACCAGAUUCGAACAUCCCGAUUUCUGUACAGAUGUCCUUGUGCUGUCGGACGGGAAUGUGUGCACGGCUUGUCGAGAUGAAAAUGUACGAUUAUGUAAUGUGAAUCUUGGAAAUUUGGCGCAUGUAUAUUCAGGCCAUUAUGAAUCUGUCACCAAAUUACUUCAAUGGAAAUCAUGUUUGGUUACCGCAUCAUUGGAUGGAACACUACGAUCUUGGAAUUUGGAUUUAUCCUCGGUUUCGAACGAAACAAAUAUGGCUUCGGAAGACACUUUCCAAAAACCAGAGGCGAAUCAGCCUCAGCUGACGGAAGAAGAACUUGCGGAAUUGGAAGAAUUGAUGAGUGAUUAA